CAAAAUGUAAACAAAAAUACAGUGAAAGCCAUUGAAAUGCGAGUCAAUUGUGAACUCAUUUUGUCUUAAAUCACAUCCAAUUGUCACUCAAUUGUCACUCAAUUGCCAUUCAUUUGGUUGCAAACUAUGGACGCGAAGUGUGAUCUCCGACGAGAUCGCAAAGACACACAUCUGAAGAAAAUUCGACUCAAAGAAGAGCUGACGGCUAAGAAACGACGGAUUCAGACGAUUCUCAAGAAAUGCAUUUCAGACCAAACGGAAGAAGAGUUGCAGAUAUUAAAGGAAUCGAAAUCUUUGGUCGAAAUGGUUUUGAACCGCAAACACAAGAUUGAGUUAAACAAAGAGAGAGCCAAAGAGGUUGAAGACGAGGCGCAAGUGUUGGCCCACAAGUGUCUCGUCUUAUCUAAACUGAUCCGAGAGGCGAAGGGAGUGGUGGUCUACACGGGCGCCGGUAUCAGCACAUCGGCACAGAUACCCGACUAUAGGGGUCCGAACGGCGUGUGGACUCAACUCAAGAAUGGCUCACAUAUUGGUCAGCACUUGGAUCUCGUAAUGGCGGAGCCCACUUUCACUCAUAUGGCGAUCACUGAACUGAACCGCAAAAGGAUUGUCAAACACGUUGUCUCCCAGAACUGCGAUGGACUGCAUCUGAGGAGUGGUUUACCGCAGAAGCAUUUGUCUGAAAUUCACGGCAAUAUGUAUAUCGAGGUCUGUGUGAACUGCAAAACUCAAUACUUGAGAGCCUUCGACGUCACCGAAAAGACUUCACUCCGAAGGCACAAAACGGGCCGUAAAUGCCAUUUGUGUGCCAAAGAGAGCGCAGACCUCAUCGACACAAUCGUUCAUUUCGGCGAAAAAGGCAAACUCUUGUGGCCUCUCAACUGGGAUUCCGCCGCAAAGCAGUCUUCCAAAGCAGACCUCAUUUUAUGUCUCGGAAGUAGUCUCAAAGUUCUUCGUAAGUAUCAGUGUUUAUGGCCUAAGAGGACACAGGGAUGGCCUCAGAUCGCAAUCGUUAACCUUCAGUGGACUCCAAAGGACUCGCAAUCUGUUCUCAAAAUCAAUGGAAAGUGCGAUUCAGUGAUGAAGGAAGUGAUGAAACAUUUGAAUAUUGAGGUCAAGACAUAUCAGAAAUCCUUAGAUCCGAUCUAUUGUUUUGCGACUCCUCUCAAGACGGAAGAAGAGGUGACUUGUAAUCGCAUAAAACUGUUUGAAAGUGCGGACCAAUCAAAGCAUAAGUUGUGUGACUCAGUGGUGUCGAGCCCGGGCUGGUUCGGGAAAGGCAUCAAACGCAAGAAGUGACACAUUUUUGUUGUUUUAACGCUCGAUAUCUAUUGUAUUGUAUUUAUUUGAUUCAUUGUUACUCUCAUACAGUCGUGUAAAUCAUCGAUAAAUUAUUACUGAAUAAACAUUUUGGGAAUUAA